AUUGGCAGCUCUUCUUCUCCACCCAUAUCCGCCGUCCAUUUCUCUCGUGCACCAUGAGCUGGUGGUGGGCCGGAGCUAUUGGAGCUGCAAAGAAAAAGCUCGAUGACGACGAUGCGCCACCCAAAUACCAGAGUGUUGCUUUAAUCGUCGGAGUUACCGGGAUCGUCGGCAACAGCCUCGCCGAAAUCCUCCCACUCUCCGACACUCCCGGCGGUCCCUGGAAGGUGUAUGGACUCGCUCGCCGCCCUCGUCCCCAAUGGAACGCCGACCACCCGAUCGAGUAUAUCCAGUGCGAUAUCUCAGAUCCUGAUGAAACCCUGGCCAAACUCUCUAAUGUCCAAGACGUUACCCAUCUCUUCUACGUUACUUGGGCCAAUCGAUCCACCGAAUCUGAGAACUGUGAAAUCAAUGGGAAAAUGUUCAAAAACGUCCUGGAUGCAGUCAUCCCUAAUUCCCCCAAUUUACAACAUGUUUCUCUACAAACUGGGCGGAAACAUUACUUGGGUCCGUUUGAAUUGUACGGUGAAGUAGCUCAUGAUCCCCCUUUUCAUGAAGAUCUGCCUCGUCUGGAUGCCCCCAAUUUCUACUAUACACUGGAGGACAUUCUAUUCAAAUCUGUUGAACAGAAGGAAGGAUUAACGUGGUCGAUUCAUAGACCUGGAACGAUCUUCGGGUUUUCGCCGUAUAGCAUGAUGAACAUCGUCGGCGCUCUAUGCGUUUACGCCACAAUCUGCAAGCACGAAGGGGUUCCAUUCAAGUUUCCAGGAACGAAGGAAGCUUGGGAUCAUUACUCCGAUGUUUCAGACGCCGAUUUGAUAGCUGAGCAACACAUAUGGGCAGCAGUGGAGCCUUAUGCAAAGAAUGAAGCUUUCAACAUCAGCAAUGGCGAUGUGUUCAAAUGGAAGCAUUUUUGGAAGGUGUUGGCGGAGCAAUUCGAGGUUGAGAAUGGAGGGUUUGAUGAAGGUGGGGAGAAGAUGAGGAUGGUGGAGAUGAUGAAGGACAAAGGGGAAGUUUGGGAUGAGAUAGUGAGGGAGAAGGGGUUAUUGGGUACCAAAUUGGAGGAGGUUGCACAAUGGUGGUUUGUGGACAUGAUUCUUGGAAGUGAGUGUAUGUUGGACACCAUGAACAAGAGCAAAGAACAUGGGUUUUUAGGGUUUAGGAAUUCCAAAUCUUCCUUGAUUUCUUGGAUUGAUAAGAUGAAAGGUUACAAGAUUGUUGCUUAAAUGGUCUGUCUCUUCAUGUUUUGCAAUUAAUUUUUCCAUCUUUUUAUGAUAUUUGAUGUUGUAUUUGUAUGUGUAAGAAGAAUGAAUAAAAGGGUACAUUUAAUAUUA